UGCGGGUCGUAUUUUCAAGAUGGCGGCAGAAAUGACGAGUAACCUUGAAGAAGAAGCUUUGAAAAGAAAAGAAAAAUUACGAGCUAUGAGACAAAAAAGUGGUGUCACAGGGGACCAGCAACCAGAGCAAACAAGAGGAGAGAAACGGCAAGCAGAGGAAACAAGUGAACCGAUUAAGGUGAUAAAAUUUAGAAACUACGUUCCUAAAGAUGAAACACUAAAAGAUAAAAAGUUACCAGAUGCUAAACCUCUUUCAGUGGAAGAUGAAGUUAAAGAACAUUUAGAGAAAGCCAAGUCAACAAAUAUCAUCGAGGAGGUGGAUCUUACUAACCUUGCACCAAGAAAGCCAGACUGGGAUUUAAAACGAGAUGUAGCAAAAAAGCUUGAAAAACUAGAAAGAAGAACACAAAGAGCAAUAGUUGAACUAAUAAGAGAAAGACUCCAAGAUAGUGAAAAGGAAGACUUAGCAGCUGCUGUGAAUGCAGCGAGCACCGACCAAGGCUUUGAAUCAGAUUAACUAUCCAUGCUUGUGAAAUAAUCUUAGUACAGUUUAUAUUGUAGUUUUUAUACCAUUCUUGUACAUGCAUGAGGAAGGUACUUUUUCCGAGAGUCCCUCUGUCCUCCAUGGUCUCUCCAUCAUAAAAAGCCUUCGGAUUGUUAUCAAUAUCCUGAAACAGCCUCUGGGCUGAUGUUAAUCAAGGCGUGGAUAUAACUAAUGGAUCGAAAUGAAACUUGGUUAUUGUGGAGGGAGGGGAGGAAAACCGGAGAAAAUCUUGGAAUCAAAAAAAAAAUCUAGAAAACCCUUUUCACAUUUGAUGCCAAGUUCAGAAAUCUAACCCGGCUGCGUAGGAGACUGAAGGCGCGAUUACACAUAGCAAUCGGCGUUGCGACACGAUUUACAUGGAGCAUUGCAGAGUGUAGCCUACAGCGCAAUUUGAAAAAUGUUGCGAGACAAGUUGCAGCAAUCGUUUCCAAAAGUAGAAUCCGUUCUACUUUUGGCAACGAUUGCGUCUCCGUUGCACCGUUGUUCCACAUAAUCGUGCCUUAUAAUACCAAUAAUCUUUCUCUUAUCAGCUUGAGUCGUGGUUCGUUUAUAAAUUACUGAUAUAUCUUUUUUUUUAAAACAGAUUGAUAGUUUUGUAAUAUGGAAAUAUGGUCAGAAAAUCUCCUUUUUCUUUGGUUAUUCCAGCCCAAAGAGUGUAAAAUAUGCAGUUAUGAAAAUUAAUAAACUUUAUUUGUAGAA